AUGUCGACCGAAGCCACCAAAAUCCAAGUACCAAUAACAACUUCAGUGGCUACUGCUACUGCUACUAGUUCUGCCUCAGGUGCAUCAGAACAGACUCAUGAGCAUCACUCCAAGAAAAACAAGAAAGCUCAUCACUUCAACUUGAAAGUGCCCAAGGGAACUAAAGAUUGGGCAGAUAAGGAUAUGGUUAUCAGAGAGGCAAUUUUCGAGAAAUUGGUAAACCUCUUCCGUUCUCAUGGCGGUGUUACCAUUGAUACUCCUGUGUUGGAGUUGAGAGAGAUUUUGGAGGGAAAGUAUGGAGAAGACUCAAAGUUGAUUUACAACUUGGAGGAUCAAGGUGGUGAAUUGACGUCUUUACGUUAUGAUUUGACAGUUCCAUUUGCCAGAUAUGUGGCCAUGAAUGGUAUUACCAACAUCAAGAGAUACCAUAUUGCCAAAGUGUACAGACGGGAUCAGCCUGCCAUGACUAAAGGUCGUAUGAGAGAGUUCUAUCAAUGUGAUUUCGAUGUUGCUGGAAGUUAUGAUUCCAUGGUUCCAGAUGCGGAGAUGUUAAAGAUUGUCUCUGACGGUCUACACUCCUUGGGUAUCAAUGAGUUUAAGAUCAAGUUGAAUCAUAGAAAGAUCUUGGAUGGAAUAUUUGAGGUUUGCGGUGUCAAGGAUGAAGAUGUUCGUAAGGUGUCUUCUGCUGUUGAUAAACUGGACAAAUUGCCAUGGGAGGUGGUGAAGAAAGAAAUGUGUGAAGAGAAAAACCAGCCCGAAGACGUUGCUGAUAAGAUUGGUGAGUAUGUGAAAUUGCAUGGUCACGUUAGAGACUUGUUGGCGAUUUUGAAAGCAGACGAUGAAUUAAUGGCCAACGAAUCCGCUAAUACUGGUAUCACUGAAAUUGAAACCAUGGCCGAUUACUUAGAGGCAUUCAACAUUGAAUCAUGCAUUUCAUUUGAUAUGUCUCUUGCUAGAGGUCUCGAUUACUAUACCGGUGUGAUUUAUGAAUGUGUCACUGAACAGUCAGCACCUCCAAAGGAUGCUGCGAAGAAAAAGGCCAAAGCAAAGGCUCAUCAGAAGGAGGAGGAUGCUUCUGAAUACGUCGGUAUUGGAUCCAUCGCUGCCGGUGGAAGAUACGAUAAAUUGGUCGGCAUGUUCUUGGGUACCAAUUCGAAGGGGAAAAAGGCCCCCUCGAUUCCUUGUGUUGGUGUGUCCUUUGGUGUGGAAAGAAUCUUCUCUUUGAUCAAACAGAGAGCUUCAUUGGUGGAGAAAAUCCGUCCUGUGUCUACUCAGGUUUAUGUAAUGGCAUUUGGAGGCGGUAAAGACUGGCAUGGCUUCCUACCGGAGAGAAUGCAAAUUGCUUCAAAGCUGUGGGAAGCAGGCAUCGAGACAGAGUAUCUUUAUAAGGCCAAGGUUAAUCCGAGAAAGCAGUUUGAUGCUGCCGAGAAAUCUGGAUGUCCAUUGGCAGUGAUACUAGGUAAAGAGGAGUUUCCUGAAGGCAAGAUUAGGAUCAAGAAGCUAGGUACCGGCUUAACUGAUGAAGGGGAUCUUGUUUCAGUCGAUAAUAUAGUUGAAGAAGUCAAGAAGAGACUCUCAGAAGUUAACGAAGAUGGGGUGGAUCAAGUUUCCAAGCUUUUACAAGACUUGUAA